UGGUUGAGACUUACUUAAAUUUUUAAGAUUUGUGUUUCCAAAAAGUCAGCUUUUUGACUGAGUGAAUGAGUGAAGUGGGAGGAGCCAGAGUGAAGGUGUGUUGUGGCUUGAAGUCGCGGUGGCGGCGGGGAUGGAGAGAGGGGUUCAGGACAUGGUUUGGAGGUGGUGCUGGGUGUGUGGGGCUGUCAGGCCAGUGCCCGAGGGAGGAAAGGGGUGUCCAGGGUGACUGCCAUGGGUCUGGCAUGAGGAACUGGGAGGUUGGAGAUGCCAUUUGUCAAACUGGACAACAGAGGAGGAGCCAGACAAGGUUUGAGAUGCCUGAGGGACAGCUGGGUUCAUCAGGCUGAGCUCCGACAGGGACUGAGAUAUGCACUGGAGAGUCAUGGGCAUCUGGACGGUGUUCCACACUCUUUGCCUUGCGUUCAUCAAGGUGCUUGUAUACUGGAAGGAGGUCUGAGGUCGAGAAGAGUCCCAGUGCCCUUGCUCAGUAUCUGCAUGGCUCACGAGAGCUCCCACCUUUGGACGGGGCUGGCGCAGCUGGCCCAGGAUGGAGCACAGGAGUUGCUGUCUCCUGUCUUCUCUGCUCAGAACCUGGGUUUUCUUCCAGAUCCUGUCCAUCAUGGCCCGGCGCCCUCGCAGCAGCAGAGCUUGGCAUUUUGUCCUGAGUGCGGCCCACCGAGACGCGGAUGCCCGGGCUGUGGCCCUGGCAGGGACCACUAACUGGGGCUACGACUCUGAUGGGCAGCACAGUGACUCCGACUCCGACCCCGAGUCCUCCGCCCUGCCGCCGCCCAUCCCCAGCGCUGUGCCCGUGACCGGGGAGUCCUUCUGUGACUGUGAUGGCCAGAGUGAGGCCCCCUUCUGCAGCAGCCUGCACUCGGCGCGCCGCAACAAGGACAAGGACUGCCGCUGCGGCGAGGAGGACGAGCAUUUUGACUGGGUGUGGGAUGACCUGAAUAAAUCCUCGGCCACACUGCUAAGCUGCGACAACCGAAAGGUCAACUUCCACAUGGAGUACAGCUGCGGCACGGCAGCCAUCAGGGGCACCAAGGAGCUGGGGGAGGGCCAGCACUUCUGGGAGAUCAAGAUGACCUCGCCAGUCUACGGCACCGACAUGAUGGUGGGCAUUGGGACGUCGGACGUGGACCUGGACAAGUACCACCACACGUUCUGCAGUCUGCUCGGGAGAGAUGAGGACAGCUGGGGUCUCUCCUACACAGGGCUCCUCCAUCACAAGGGCGACAAAAUGAGCUUCUCAUCGAGGUUCGGCCAGGGCUCCAUCAUCGGCGUGCACCUGGACACCUGGCACGGGACGCUCACCUUCUUUAAGAACAGGAAGUGCAUAGGUGUGGCGGCCACCAAGCUGCAAAACAGGAAGUUCUACCCGAUGGUGUGCUCCACGGCGGCCAAGAGCAGCAUGAAGGUGAUCCGCUCGUGUGCUAGCGUCACCUCCCUGCAGUACCUGUGCUGUUACCGGCUGCGCCAGCUGCGGCCCGACUCCGGGGAUACGCUGGAGGGGCUGCCCCUGCCACCUGGCCUCAAGCAGCUGCUGCACCACAAGCUGGGCUGGGUCCUGAGCAUGAGCUGCGGCCGCCGCAAGCCCCCCGCACCCUCCCCCAAGGCCACGGCCAGCGGCCCCGAGACCCGGCACUGCCAGAGGAAGCGCUGCCGACGGACCUGACUUAUUUCCCAUGAAAACUGCCUUUCUGGGGCCAAGUGGCCGCCUUGUGUGUCCCUCCCUUUGGACCAGGCUCCAGGGGCACGACUCGCACGGAGGGCUGGCUUCGCCGGGACAGGCUCCAGGGCCCUGAGGGCAUCUGCUCCUUGCACCACGAGGAAGCCGCCAGCCUGGCUCUUCCGGACCGACUAUGGGUCAGCGCCCACGACCACGCGGUUAGAGGCGGCGCUGUUGCCGCGGCCUUGCGUUUUCCUUCACUUGCUUUUUUGCAUGUCGUCAGCUGCUGUUCCUCCCGUCCCAGACCAAAAUGACCGUAAUAAACUUAGACUUUA